AUGUCGUCACCACCGCAGCUGUACGACCAGGCGGCGGGUGCUGCCCCGACAGAGGCGCCCGCAUCGCCAGCCCGCAAGCACAAGCACAAGCACAAGCGAAAGGGCAAGCGGAAGGACAAGAAAAAGUCUGCAACAGACCUUGUCUCCACGCCGCCGCCCGCACCAGCUGCACCGUCCGCAGCAUCGCCCUCGCUCUCGCCGCCGCAAGAGCCCUCGCCCUCGCCCUCGCCCUCGCCACCGCGGCAGGCCAAGAAGACCAAGCCUGCUGGCGCUAGAUCUGGCGCUGGCAAUUCGGCGUUUGAGACGCUCUACCGCGACGCUCAGGAGCGCAAAACCCGCCGAGCUGAGCGCGCGGCAGCGGCGGCGGCAGCCAAGGGGACCCAUCCGCGGUUCAAAGUCGGCGGGGUCUCGGCUCAACUGGCGGCCGAGAUGUUUUCCGGUGAGACCUCACACUUUGAGACGCUCUACGAGCAGGCACAAGAACGCCAGACACGCGAGGCCCAGCGUGCGGCUGAAGAAAAGGCCCGUCGUGAGGCCGAGGCCGACGCAUUCUCGUUCAAGCCGCGCAUCUCGCAGAUGGCAGCAUCGAUCCAGGUCGCGGGAUCGUUCGAGGAGCGCUCGGCGCGGUACGAGGCCGAGCGCGCGCGGCGGAUAGAAGAGCUGCAGCGGCGGGUCGAGGAAGACCGCAAGGCCCAGCUCACCUUUCAGCCGGACAUCUCUGUCUCGCAAACCCAGGUGUCGGCGGCGGAGCGAAGCCGGCCGCGCGACGUGCUCGAGCACAUGCGGACCGAAGAGCUGGCGACGCAGGACCACCUCCGCGAACUGGAAGCACGCUACUCAGAGACAGCCAUGUACCCGUUCCACCCCGAGAUCUCGUCAUACUCCAAGUCGCUGGUCCGGGACGGCGAGAUCCACGAGCGGCUGUUUGAGGAAGCCAAGGCGCGGCAGGAGCGGCGUGAAAUGCAGGCCCGCAUCGCCGCUGUCAAAAGCGAGGCCGAAGAGUUCAGCCACUCGCCUAACAUCCACCGGUAUGCCGCCGACGACGGCAGCGGCAACAACUCGACCCGCCGCCUGAUGAACGCUGUGCGGUCGUACCUGGCGGCGUCAACGUCCAACUCGGACGUGCGACUCUACGACGAGGCCAAGUUUAUUCGCGUCAAGCGCCGUGUCGCCGCGGAGCGCCAGCGGACUCUCAUCGCCCGCCAUGCCGCCAUGCCCAAGAUCUCCAAGAACUCGAUUGGCAUCUUCCGCGGCAAGCUCUCUGCCCGGCUUGACGAGGUCUUUGACGCCCACGUCAUUGACACCCACCUCUCGCUCGAUGGUCUGAAGGCUUGCCUCGUUGACCUCAAGCUCUUCUCCGACCUCCCCGGCCGCUCGCUAACUAUGCGGACCAACGAGGACGAGCUUGCGCUCGAACUGUUCAACUACCUCUCGCAGGCGUCGGGAGCGGCUUUUGACGUGGUCAUGACCGCCGACCCGGUCCACACCUCCAAGCUCCGCAUCUCGUCUCAGAUGCUAGGGCUUGAGAACAAGCCUCUGGCCAAGCCGCUGACCUCGAUGCUGUACAACUUUAACGAGUCGCUCCCGACCGAGGCAGAGCCCGAGGAUGCCUUCUCUCAGCUCCUCGAGUCGUUCCGCCAGCACUGCAAGAACGAGCUCGCUUUUGCCGUUGUCGCCACGCUCAAAGUCGGUCACAUGGACGAGCAGCGCGCCAACGCGGCGACCGAGGACGCGCUCCGCGACUGCACCUUCCGGCCAACGAUCAACAACACCUCGCGUGCCGACGGCGAGGCUGCAUCGGUCGUCGACCCGCUCCUCUACGCACAAGAGCUCUACCGCAAGGCCCAAGAGGCCGAGGCCAAGAAAAAGGUCACCCGCAUGGUCCACCUCCGCCGCGAGAUGGCCGAGUGCACCUUUAAGCCGGCCAUCAACUCGGCGUCCAAGUCGUCAAUCUCGGCCGCUGCCCGCCGCCACCUCCAGUCUAAGCACGACGUCGUCCACGCCGAGCAGAUCGAGGCCUACGCCGCCCGCGGCGCUGAGCGCAAGGCCGCUGUUGAGGUCGCUGUCGACAACGCCCGAACGCUUGCCGACUUGAUUGCCCCGCUGCCUGGCAAAAAGAAGCCCGCCCGCCGCAAGCGCAGCUCACGCAAGCGCCCGUCUACAGCCUCGUCUGGCCGCGCCGGCUCGUACGCCGCUGCGCAUGGCGGCAAGAAACGUCGCGCCCGCCGCAAGCGUGGCCGCAAGACAUCUCGUCCCGCUACGGCCGAGCCCAAGGGCUACAAGGAGGCAGUCGAGCGGCUGCGCAAGGCCAAGGAGGUGCGAGAGGAGAUCAUGCUCCGCGAGGCUCCGCGCGGUGCCAUGUUCUCCACUCAGUUUGCAGACACGCUAGCCCGCAAGUCGGCGGAGGCGCAGCUGGCGGCCAACACCUCCAUCGAGGGCUUUGCCCCCCCUGCGUCGACCAACAGGCCCGUCCCUAUCCAGCCCAAGGUUCGCAAGGUCACUGCCCAUCUGCCCGACCUCCUCGUCGAGGUCAAGCUAGGGCCCGACCGCAUUGCGCGCAUUCCGCUCCGCCGGCGCGACGACCCGGCCAAGGUCGCACGCCAGUUCUCGCUCACUCACGGCCUCGACCGCGAGCUCCGCGCCAAGCUCGUCGUCGUCCUUAAGGCCGAGGUCGCCAAGCUCCUUCGCGACAGCCCCGCCGGUUCCGUUCCCGCUCCCGCUCCCGAGUUCGCCGCCCCGUCCGCCUCGGCCUCCGGCUCGGCGCCGGAUUCUCCUCGUGCAGAGCCGCCGGUCCACGCCGUGCCCUCGUCGUCUACCGCCGGCGCCGGCACCGAGAUCCCCAACUUUGCCGCCUCGUUCGGGCCCGAGCAGAGCCAUGGCCGACGCGAUGGCGGUCCACAGAUUGAGCUUGAUGAUCUGUCCGAGGACUCGUUUGAGUACGCCCUGGAGUAA